AUGCUUCUGAAGAACGUUCUUGCCACUUUUGCAAUCGCAGGCCUAACUGCUGCUUCUCCUGUCGACGGAAUUGAAGCAAGAGCAGUAUCCGGUACUUGCGCGAAGAACGCAAAUGCGUGGUGCUGUGCCACUGCAUUUCCUUUCAGCAUUUUCUUUAUCCAGAAAGUUGGUUCGAAUUGUGUCCGGCCCUCCGGAAGUGGACCUAGUUAUAGCUGUUCCAAUAAACCAGGAAGACCUAAUUUCCUUUGCUGUGACAACAAUGAGCUUACAGAUGAUAAAGGUGGUGUCGUUUGUGUUGUCUAA